AGACACCUGUGGAUGCAAUAGACAACCCCCCCUGAUGUUUAGACUCAAACCUUCUGCAAAGAAAAGAUUCACCACAAGAUUUAGUUGAUAAUCGUUGCGGUUUCGCUCAAACACACUUCAGAUUAGACGAGAGAGACACACCAUGCUGCUGAGUGUUUCCUUCCUGGUGGUUCCCCUGCUGAGUAUUACCGGCUGCGGCUCGUCGUACGUGCCGUGCGAGCCGUGCGAUCAGAAGGCCCUGUCCAUGUGUCCGCCGGUGCCGGUGGGAUGUCAACUGGUGAAGGAGCCCGGCUGCGGCUGCUGUCUGACGUGCGCGCUCGAAGAGGGUCAGCCGUGCGGCGUGUACACCGGGCCGUGCACGCGCGGGCUCCGCUGCCUGCCCAAGAACGGCGAGGAGAAGCCGCUGCACGCGCUCCUGCACGGCCGUGGGGUGUGCAGGAACGAGAAGUUGUAUAAACUGAUGCAUCCGUCAAAAGGCGGAGAAUCUCAUGAUGGCGCCCUGCUACCCAUCCCAGAGUCGAUGCUGCCUCAAACUAAGGUGCCCAUACAUGGAGACCGCAUCAGCAGUCUAAAGGUCCAGGCAAUGAAACAGGCCAAGGACCGCAUCAAGCAGCUGGCCAGGCUGGGACCUGCCAGCAACCUGGAUUUCCCUCCUCACAGCUUGGAUAAACUGGAGCCUGAGUUUGGCCCCUGCAGAAGAAGACUGGAUAAUCUCAUUCAGAGCAUGAAGGACACCUCUCGGGUCUUGGCUCUCUCUUUGUACAUCCCUAACUGUGACAAGAAGGGUUUCUUCAAGCGCAAACAAUGUAAGCCGUCUCGUGGUCGUCGGAGGGGGAUCUGCUGGUGUGUGGACCGGUUUGGCGUGAAAAUCCCCGGCACCAACUACGCCGGUGGAGACCUGCAGUGCAAAGAUCUCGACAGCAACAGCAACAGCAACGAAUGAGAGUGAACCAGCCGUACUCGUUGAGCCCUGUCCUUUUUAAAACCUGCCAAUCAAGCUAGCACACUUAAUGACUGCUAAUCAGGAAAAUAUGGCACAAAUGCUUAUAUAUAUGGUCAGGUGUGAUGGACUGCGUUGUUUUUUUUGUUUUGUUUUGUUUUGUUUUUUUUAAGGGAAGCCAACCUGAAAGCUUGCUUAGGUGAAAAUCUGCACAUGUAGGUCUUAACUCUGGCUCCCCACUGACUGUGUACUAUGUUUGAGGUUAACCUCAUCUCUUUAUAUCCAUAGAUAAUAGAAAAUUAUAUAUAUUUGUAUGAUAUUGAAAACAUGUCAUGUACUGAGUCUGAGUGGCAAGUUAUAUAUAUUGCUAAAUUUACUCCACGAAAGUAUGAGACAAGACAUAUAUGAAAUGUGGCUAAAAAUCAAUCCUUUAUACUUGUUUUUCUCAAGGUGAUGAUCAAGCAAACAAGUUUGGAGACAUUAUCCAAUAGUGAGUCAGUUAUCGUCGUUUAAAUCAGGCCUUAGCGGUGUCCGAAUAAUGACUGCUGCCAUUGAUUUUUGCCCUCAACCUACUGUCCCUGAACACUAUCACACUUGUAGGCUAGGGGGACAAGGAAGGGGGGGGUCGGUUCUGCAAGACUCCUGUAAGACAACCAAUCAUACGCCAUGCAGUCAAAUCAGUAGACCUACAGCUAAUAGAGGCCUACAAUUUAUCGCUUAAACAUUUUUAAGUGUUGCCAAUUCUUUUAGACCUCUGCAGGGUCUUUAGGUAGAAACUGGACUAGAAAUAAUUACUUGAGUUGGAAAAGAAUCACCUUUUUCCCACCUUCUAAGCAGCAGUUUGCACGUGGUUUGUGUCAAUAGCUACUUGUAAAACUACCUAUAAAAUAUAGGAAUUAAACAUCAAAUUACAGAAAAUCAAUGAGAGAUCAACACCAGUUUGCUUGGGGUUCUUGUAAUUGUAAUAUUAACUGUUGAGUAAUUCUCAAAACUGCCAGGUUUGAAUUUAUUUAGGGCUAAUAAUUGAUUAAAAUCACAAUGUGAUGAUGUUGACAUUGAUCAGCUCUUGUCUAAAUCUUCCUCCUUGCAGUGCACUUCACUUUCGCUGACUAUUCUGCUGCUAUCAGAUAAACCUUGGAUGCUUUUUUUUUUUCUUGUCAGACCUGAUAUUCAGUGGUAAAACUGGUUGUGUUUGAGGCAAUUAUGCUCUAACCUUCCUCCAAAGAUGAAGUGAUGCUCAUAUAGUAAUAUUCAGACUUCCUGUGUGUAGUCUUAUGGUCGGUUGUGCCCAAUGAGCAGACAUUGAUGGCAGAUAUAUUUUUUAAUUUUUCCGUUUCCAACAGUGGUGCUCAUUGUUUGAUCAAAGCUCAGACAGACCCAUGGUGCGUUCAUGAACCAGCAAUUAGGACAAAAUGAUAAUCCUAAAAAAUACUCACAAACAAACAUGUCUUAUUGUACUGUAAAAUGUUAGAUAUUGUUGAAAGGCCUUCUUUAAAACUGCUUCCAUGUUGCUCCACUGUUUGUAAAUGUAUGUACAGUGUGUGUGUGUGUGUGUGUGUGUGCGUGCGCGCGUGUGUGUGUGUGUACUGUAUGUGCCAUGCCCUUCAAAAAGUUCUCAUGAGCCCAGCCUACCCAAGCUACUGUCCGGCAAUCACGGUGCCGUGCACCUCCCUUCACAGCUCGCACACAAAUCGUAUGCAAAGGCCACGCAUUGUUUAUGUCUGCACGUGCAGGGUCUUUACUGCCACCACACAGGCAAAUCCGUAGGUCCGAUGGUGACUUGCUCUCAGGGUUUGUGGGGUUCUUUAUCCUGCAAAGAGCAAGGUCGCUGAGUUUGUAUGUAAAUUCAAGUGCCUUCUGCCCCACGCCACUUUGAAUUCUGAUUUGCAUUGUGUUGUUGAAUGAGGGACGGUCCAACACAAAAGAGGAAAACAGUUUUCGGUGUGGAUGUCGUUGACAGAGGACAAAAGACUUUUGUUCUGUCGCUUAUAUCAUUUUGUUGUUAUAAUCUAAAUGUUCAAUUAAUGACUCAGACAUUCCUAAUGCCUGCACGUAACAUGCUCACUUUAUAGCGAUAUAUAGGAGAGCAAUGACAGGGGCUCGUCAGCCUAUUCUUCCCAAUAAAACACCUCUCUCAUGCUGUUGAUUCUAGCACACAUGUAAACACAACACGGUGACACUUUGAACAUUUCAGAAUCUCAUUUAAAAAAAAAAAAGAUUAAUGUGAACAUUAUAGUGAAAUAUUUAUCAGGCGUGUAAUUGAUGUACUCUUUUUU